UGUCACUAUAAUAUCAUAUCAUUUUCUUAUCUUAGCAAAAGAAGCAGAUAAAUGAAAUUUUCGUGUUAAAAUUAUGGUAAAUUUCCAUUUGAAGCGAAAAUGCCCGAUCAUAGAUUAUUUCUGCUUGAAUUUUUAAUAAAUAAAAUUGAAAUUGAUACAGAUGUACUAACUCCACCUAAACUUGAGGACCUUUUGGUUCAUUUUCGUUGUCCAGAUUUUUUAUUUCUCGAUAUUACUGCUGAGGAAUUUCCUGCCGAUCCACUAGAUACUGAUUUUGUGGCGAAAGAUGGAGUGUAUAAAUUUAAUUUUGGAAAAACGUAUUUGUUUCCAUACACUUCCGAAAAGCUUAUGAACAUUAUAGAAAGUACUCCACUGGAAAUAGAUCUUAGAAUAUCUAGAAAAACAGUUGGUUCGGCUAUUUUUCCAUGGAUUAAAGAUUUCAGCGAAAUGAUCAAUAUUUUUGAAACUAUUGGCGUUGUGAAAAGUGUAAAUUAUAGUGGAAUAUUUGAUAUGAUAUCUCUUCACCAUAAACGAGUUGGAGAAAUUGAUGUCAUAAUUAAAAUGUCAUGUUUAGGAACUCACAUGGAGACAUAUUUCUGUUUAUUAAAAAAAGGCGGCCUAUUUAUGGGGGCCAGAAGCGAUAUACAAUAUAAAUGUGAAAGAUACAAUUUCGAAGAUGACGUUGUUCCGCCAGUCGCCAGUAUUUUUAAUCCAUUAGCAAACGGUCGUAUAAGUGUACAGAGACUAUCAUGGACUGAACUUUUUGGAAGCAAACAAACCGAAGCCAAACAAAGUUUUGCCCCGAUGCUUAUAGAAUUCGACGAUGCAGUUUGUCGCGCCCCAUUACCUUUCAGCCGCUCAGCACCUGAUACAAUGAGCCAUGGCAGCCAAUAUGAUAUUGUAUCCAUGGUUUUCAGACCACCAGAAAAUAAGUUCUUCGAUUUUUUAAAUAUGAUGAGGGCAGAAGUAUGCGCUACAGAGGAGGAAACUAUUGUUACCGUAGCUAUUGAUAAACCCAAGAAAACUAAUUUUACAGAUGAAGUUCAAAUGCACGACGAUCCUUAUCACGAUGAUGCUGAAGUAGAAGCAACCGAAUUAACGGCGGAAAAAAUGAACAAGCAGUUAUGCAAACACAAAGAUUGCCCAGCAGCUAAGAAAUUUAAAAAAUACGGUAUUGGUCCUCUUGCCACAGGGUUAGGUCUGGGAACUUUAUACGAUAUCGUUGAACCUCCAGUUACUUACGGUAUAAGUAACACUUAUGGAAGUUUCGAACAUUAUGGACCGUAUGGUGUGUUUAGAAGGCCUAAAGAUCCGGAUCAACCGUAUUAUCCCCCAGCCCAAAAAUUUAAGACAGAAAAUGAAAGCAAAGUGUCACUAAAUACAUGCACCUGCAAACAGGCAAAAUGCAGUCAUUCUAAAUUAUUAGAUAGAGAGGGAUGUUUAAGAACAUGUAAACAUAACUAUCCAUUUCCUAAAAAAGAUCAAUCUAGAACUCUUCGCCUGAGGGGUGGUGGUAUGCCCACGAUUGAACAGAAUCACUCUAUUCUCCUUAGAACGAAUGAAAAUCUCAUAAAAGAAUCCAAUGCGUUAUUGAAUUCUUUCAGAAAUAAUAGAAUACGAGGGGGAGGAAUUUUUAAUCAAGAGCCAGUGACGUCUAGAUGUAUAACUCCAAAAUCUGCAAUAACCGAAUGCAAGUCUAUUAUGGAUCAAUUUGAUCAAGUCGUAAAUGCGUAUAAAAAAGCUUUGGGACCUUGUGGAGAAGUGACAUGCCCCUUUGCUACCAAUGUGAUAGAAGAUCAGUGUAGAGAUUACUGUAAACAACUAAAACAACCGGAAGAACCUAAAGAAUCGAAAGGAAAGAGCUGUGAAAGUAUUCCAUGUAAGCAAGAUUUGUGCCCUUAUCGCGAAAAACCAUAUCCGUUUGGAUGUGGCACCUCUGGCUGUGCAUAUGCUAAGUACAAAACAGGAUUACGGGAGGAGGACGCAGCUUUAGAACUUAUGUUUCUUCCAGCACCUCUAGGAACUACUUGUGGACAUCCUAAAUGUGAUUAUCCUGGGGAUGUCUUACCACCCAUUCACUGGGAUUGCCCAGAUCCGUUACCAAGAGAUACUUGCAAAAAUCCAAAUUGUCCUUUACAACCUCCUGAAUUACAGAAGUUAAAAUGUCCCGUUCCUAAUCCAGAGACACGUGGUCCCUGUGGAAGCAUAUCUUGUCCCUAUGCUCUACCAGAACCAUGUGACAACCCCAACUGCCCUUUUAAUGAAACUCCUUGUCCAUAUUUAGGAGGAAAGCAAACAGGUGGUCCAAAUAUAACAGGUGAUCAAGUCAAUGAAGGAAUAUGUAAUAACCCAGAUUGUCCAUCUAAGAAACAACAAUUUGAUAAUUUCUGCGAGAAUCCCAACUGCCCCUUUAAAUCAGAAACUACUGACAGUCUUAAAAACAGUGUGUGCAGUAAUCCACAAUGUCCUUUUGUGUUUAAAAGCAAGAAAAACAUUUGUGAUAAUCCCGAAUGUCCAUUAGUAACAAAAGACAUAGAAAAAGAUAGCAUAUGUGAUAAUCCUGAUUGUCCUCAGGCAAAAAAGAAAAAUAUAUGUGAAAAUCCUUUUUGUCCUUUUAAUAAACAAAAAAAUAAGAAAAACAAUGUAUGUAAUAAUGACGAGGAAAGCAUAUGCGACAAUCCUGAUUGUCCUUUUGCAAAAAAGAAAGAUGACAUAUGUGAAAAUCCACUCUGUCCUUUUAAUAGAAGAGUAUGUAAGAAGAAUAGCAUUGGCAGUAUUCCCGAAUGCCCAUUUGCAUUCAAAGUUACGGAAGAAGAGAACCUAUGUGACAAUCCUGAUUGUCCUUAUGUAAAAAAGAAAGAUAAUAUAUGUGAAAAUCCCCAAUGUCCAUUUACAUUAAAAGGUACCAAAAAGAAGAGUAUAUGCGAUAAUCCUAUGUGCCCUAAUGCUAAACAGGAAUGUAAUAUAUGUAAAAAUUCUGAUUGUCCUUUUAACACACAAAUAGUAAAGAAUGGCAGUGUGUGUGAUAAUCCCGAAUGCCCAUUUGCAUUGAAAGAUACAGAAAACGAGAGCAUAUGCUAUAAUCCUGAUUGUCCUUAUGCAAAAAAAGAAGAUAAUAUAUGUAAAAGAUCUCCAUGUCCAUUUGAUAGACCAAUAAGCAAAAACAGUUCAUGUGAUAAUCCAUUUUGUCCAUUUGCUGAUGAUUCAGAAACUGAUUCUACUUGCGACAACAUUGACUGUCCAUUUACUAAAAAGAAAAGUAUGGUUUCUAUUUGCAGUAAUCCCAGUUGCCCGGCAAAUAAAAGUACAGGUGAUAAUGUUUGUGAGAAUCCUGAAUGUCCGUUUGCUAAUAAAGAAAGAGGUGAUGGAGAUAAUAUUUGUGGAGACCCCAAUUGUCCCUAUAAGAAGAAACAAUUGGACUUGUAUUGCUCGGAUCCUAAAUGCCCCAGAGAUGGUUUCCAAGGUAAAGAAGCAAAUGAAUUUGUAGCCCCAGUCCAAACUACUACGAAGGUUUCAAAACAGGCUGGCCAAUCAGCUACUCCCAAAGAGAAACCAGAAAGUGGGACCAAGAAAAAGGCAAAGAAAAGGGGUAGAUUUGUAUAUUCAGUUGGAGAUAAAUAUCCUGGUGUCAAUAUUGGUCACAGAGAGUGUGUCAUACCGAGGCGUAAUGUACCGUCGUAUAUGGGAUGGCUUUGGAAUAAACAUACACCAAUACUCCAAAUGAAGCCUAGAAGAGGCUGGCGUCCAGGUGCUAUAGAAAGAACAAUCGCAAAACGUAUUGAAGCUCAUAGAAUUGCUAAAGGGUUGGGAAAAUUAAAUAUACCUAAUUUUCCGUCAAGAGGUCCUGGACGCCAAUAUGACGGAGGAUCUUCAUCUUCAUCUCUUCAUGUUAAACCUAAACCCACACUGAAAAUUCAAAAGAAAGAUGGUGUUUACAACAUUACAAUGAAUCCUUUGAAAGAUCCUAAAACUCUUGCAGAAAACGAAGAUCCUUAUAUGGAGUGUACUCCGAUGCAGUUUAAAAUAACAAAAGCUAAAAAGGAUGAGGAUUCCAAUCUAUGCCACUGUGAUGAUGAACCUGAGUCUACUAGCGAUAGUGAACUAGAUAUAGAAUUUACCCCUCCAGCUGGAAUUAUACAUCCUGAACGAUUUAAAAAGAAGAAAAACAUUAUUAAUUGUGAGUCACAAUAUGAUGCAACAGAUUUUGAAACAAAAGGGAACAAAGGAAAAGGCAAAAAAGAUGGAAAGAAAGGUAAAGGUAAAGGCAAAGGCAAAGGUAAAACUAAAGGUGGCAAGAAAGGUAAAGGUAAAAAAUAAAUCAGCAAAAUAAAGAAUGAAAUGAAAUAUUUUAAAAAUUUUGGUUAAAAAAAUAAGGAUUUUUAAGUUUUGAUUAGUAUCCUGGUAUGUUUUUAUUAAAUUAAUAAACUUUUUAUACAAGCAGAUAA